CAAAGUGGGCGGUGACUAGAAUAACGAAUAAUCUCUUCGGUUUGUGGGACUAUUGAGGGGAAGGGCCGCAAGUUUAUUACGGGCCAGUGAGUUUUCUUUUUUCCGUUAAGGGGGUUUUUUUUGUGUUUUUUUUUUAAGUGGUCCGCCAAGCAGUUGAGCUGGGGUCGCUGCUGUUGGCGCCGAAGAGAACCGCCUUUUGGAGAAGUGGUCGGGGCUGCGGACCGUCAAGUGGAAGAGAAGGUGACUUGUACAGAUACAGACUGACAGUAACGAUAAAUAGUUGGAUUAUGUCAAGAUGAGCUUCCUAUUGCCCAAGCUAACUAGCAAAAAAGAAGUAGACCAAGCAAUAAAAAGUACUGCAGAGAAGGUGUUGGUUCUCAGGUUUGGGAGAGACGACGAUCCUGUCUGUCUGCAGCUAGAUGAUAUUCUUUCUAAGACCUCUUCUGACCUGAGUAAGAUGGCGGCUAUCUAUCUGGUAGAUGUGGACCGAACUCCCGUUUACACACACUAUUUUGACAUCAGUUAUAUUCCGUCUACGGUGUUUUUCUUCAAUGGGCAGCACAUGAAAGUGGAUUAUGGGUCUCCCGAUCACACUAAGUUUGUGGGAAGUUUCAAAACCAAGCAAGACUUCAUAGAUUUGGUUGAAGUAAUUUAUCGAGGAGCAAUGAGAGGAAAGCUUAUUGUUCAAAGUCCUAUUGAUCCCAAGAAUAUUCCCAAAUAUGACCUUCUCUAUCAAGACAUUUAGUGCAUUCGGUACUGUCACAGUUGAAGAAAAAAGCACAUCUUGAAACAGUACGUGAACCCAGCGGUGCCGCUUUCCUGGAGUCCUUCGGAUGCGCUCAGCGUCGCAGCGGAGAAGAGCGCUGACUCGGGCAGGAGAUGCCCCACCCGAGUGGGAGACCCGCUGGCACUGCAACGAGCAGGGGUGCUUAAUGUCCAUGCCCUGCACCCCCGGUGCAGUCAAGACGACCGGGGUCACUUUCCUAAAGUUAAUAUUGUGUUUCUCUUUAUUCCUUAAGAUGGCACGGAAUCCUUCUAAACAUUGGCUAGCAUGUUUAUGUUUACUUUGAUAUAUGAGUAAAAUAGAAAGUCACUUCCCAUAAGAGCAGAAGGACUUAUCUUCUGCCCUCGAUGUACUCGCACCCCUCCCCUCACCCGUUCCUCCACUCAUGCGUUUAUCUCCUGUCUCCAAUCCUUGUUAUCUCAGUUUCUCUUGGAAUAAAUGAUUCUCUACUAAGA